GCCAAGUUUACGUAUGUACUUAGUCAAAGGUAACAAUACAUUAGAUCCUUAUCAAGAAGUAACCUUUGCUGACAGCGGGUCUCAGUUACGGGAAGUGCGAGUGUGCGUGUGCAAUGUUCCUGUGAUCUAUAGUAAAUAACUGGCAGGCAGGCAAUGUUGCUGACCUGUGUUGGUUAAGGAACAUGCCUGUCAGCCCCACACGUACUGUUAAGUGAGAGACAUGAUUGAACCAAGCUCAUCAGAAGAAGAGAGUGAGGGAGAGCACCAGGAAGAGGAAAUACAGCAGGAACAGCAACUCCACCAUGGGUUGCGUCGUAUGGGAAUCACACCUGUCAGUGCCGGAUCGCUGGCGCUGGAGGUGCCAGCUGCGAGAGCCAGGUCCUUAUCUUCAGCGAGUGCUGUUUCAUCAGAGACACUGAGACUUGCAUCAAGCAGCUCAAGAAUUGAACCACUACCGAGACCAGCUAGCCCAAGCCCUUCAGCAGCAAGUGAGAAAGUGGAAGCUGCGGAUCCCCAAGAAAGACAAGAGAGGGAAGAAGAAGAAAGGAAAAGAAGAAUUCAGUUGUAUGUGUUCAUAUCAAGAUGCAUUGCUUAUCCAUUCAAUGCGAAACAACCAACGGAUAUGACUAGGAGGCAAACAAAAAUUACAAGACAGCAACUGGAAACAAUACAGGGACGAUUCAUAAGUUUCCUGAAAGGUGACACACAAAUUAUGGCUGAUGAGGCCUUUCAAAAUGCUGUGCAAAGUUAUUUUGAUGUUUUCUUGAAAUCAGAACGAGUUUUGAAGAUGGUCCAAUCAGGAGCUUGCUCUCAAUAUGAUUUUCGCGAAGUUUUCAGAAAUAACAUUGAAAAAAGGGUCAGAUCCCUUCCAGAGAUAGAUGGACUCAGUAAAGAAACUGUUCUCACAUCCUGGAUGGCUAAAUUUGAUUGCAUACUAAAAGUUGGUGAAGAAGAUACCAAACGACCACUAAAGAUGCAGCAGCAACCAUUGAAUAGUGAACUGAUCCUUUCAAAGGAACAGCUGUAUGAUAUGUUCCAACAGAUUCUUGGUGUAAAGAAAUUUGAACAUCAGUUACUGUUCAAUGCCCUACAGCUUGACUCUGCUGAUGAACAGGCUGCUGCGAUAAGAAGGGAGCUGGAUGGCAGAAUGCAGAAAGUCUCAGAAAUGGAAAGAAACAGGAAACUAAUGCCAAAGUUUGUAUUGAAGGAAAUGGAAUCUUUGUAUGUUGAAGAGCUGAAAUCUUCUAUAAAUCUUUUGAUGGCAAACUUAGAGUCAUUGCCAGUUUCGAAAGGCUCGGUAGAUUCAAAAUAUGGAUUACAAAAACUGAAGCGGUACAACCACAGAUCUCAUGGUUCGCUGUCAAAACUUGAAGGAGCUACAGCGGACACAGAAACACAUCUCACAAAAAUGGAUGUUGUCCUCACAUUUCAGUUAGAGGUGGUUGUUAUGGAAGUGAAGGGCUUAAAAUCACUGGCUCCAAAUCGUAUUGUUUAUUGCACAAUGGAAGUUGAAGGUGGUGAGAAGCUCCAGACUGAUCAGGCAGAGGCUUCCAAGCCAAUGUGGGACACUCAGGGUGACUUUUCUACCUCACAUCCCUUACCGGCUGUGAAAGUAAAGCUUUUCACAGAAAAUCCAGGAAUGCUGGCUCUGGAAGAUAAAGAACUGGGUAAGGUCAUUUUGCAUCCUACACCCCUGUCCUCAAAAGCUCCAGAAUGGCAUAGAAUGACAGUUCCAAAAAAUGUACAAGACCGUGAUCUGCGCAUUAAAAUUGCUUGCAGGAUGGACAAACCUCUCAACAUGAAGCACUGUGGUUAUCUGUAUGCCAUUGGAAAAUUUGUGUGGAAGAAGUGGAAGAAAAGGUAUUUUGUUCUGGUUCAAGUUUCUCAGUAUACAUUUGCCAUGUGUAGCUAUAAAGAAAAGAAGUCAGAACCCUCAGAGAUGAUGCAGCUUGAUGGCUAUACAGUUGAUUAUAUUGAACCUACAGCGGAUUUAGAAGGUGGUAGAUUCUUUUUUAAAGCAGUAAAAGAGGGAGACAGUAUAGUGUAUGCAAGUGAUGAUGAAAAUGAAUGCCAUUUAUGGGUAAUGGCCAUUUACAGAGCAACUGGUCAGUCCCAUAAACCAACACCCCCUAUAACUCAUGCUGCUAAAAAUUCUACCAUAUCUAAAAUUCAAGGAGAUGCUGACAGAGCAAGGAAACAUGGAAUGGAAGAGUUCAUCUCAGCUGAUCCUUGUAAAUUUGAUCAUUCUUCACUGUUUAAGUUAUUACAAACGUUGACACUUGAUUAUAGACUUGGUGAUCCAUAUUGCUCUCUGGGUUGGUUUAGUCCAGGACAAGUCUUUGUGUUGGAUGAAUACUGUGCAAGGUAUGGUGUGCGCGGUUGUUAUCGCCAUUUGUGCUACCUGAGUGAUUUACUGGAUCGAGCUGAAAAAGGAAUAAUGAUAGACCCGACUCUUAUUCAUUACAGUUUUGCAUUUUGUGCAAGCCACGUUCAUGGAAACAGACCGGAUGGUGUCGGAACUGUAACUCAUGAAGAAAAUGAGAAAUUUCAAGAAGUUAAAGCACGCCUCAGAAUUUUGCUUGAAAAUCAGAUAACUAGCUUUAGGUACUGUUUUCCUUUUGGAAGACCAGAAGGGGCUUUAAAAGCAACACUCUCUCUUCUCGAACGUGUCUUAAUGAAAGACGUUGUUACUCCAGUGCCUCCAGAGGAAGUUCGUGGAAUGAUAAAAAAGUGCUUGGAAAAGGCUGCCCUUGUUAACUAUAUGAGACUGUCAGAAGAAGUUAAAACAGAUGAUGAACUAAAUGGUGAGAUAAUCGUGUCACCUAGUAGGAAGUUGGAUGAUCUCAUACAUCUUGCUGAGCUUUGUGUCGAUCUCCUCCGACAGAAUGAAGAACACUAUGCAGAAGCUUUUGCGUGGUUCAGUGACCUACUUGUGGAACAUGCUGAAAUAUUUUGGUCACUGUUUGCAGUUGACAUGGAUCAGGUAUUGGCAGAGCAGCCCCCAGACACCUGGGAUUCAUUCCCCCUCUUCCAAGUAAUGAAUGAUUAUCUAAGAACAGAUGACAACUUAAAGAAUGGAAGGUUCCAUCAGCAUCUCCGGGAUACAUUUGCUCCUCUUGUAGUAAGGUAUGUUGACUUAAUGGAAUCAUCCAUUGCACAGUCAAUCCACAAAGGGUUUGAAAAGGAGAGAUGGGAAGCAAAAGGAAAUGGAUGUGCUACAUCAGAAGAUUUAUUCUGGAAGUUGGAUGCAUUACAGUCUUUCAUAAGAGAUCUGCAUUGGCCAGAUAAUGAAUUUAGACAGCAUUUAGAACAAAGGCUGAAACUGAUGGCUUGUGAUAUGAUAGAGUCCUGUAUUCAAAGAACAGAAGCUGCAUUUCAACAGUGGUUGAAGAAAGGUGUCACAUUUACUUCAACAGACUAUAUCAUUCCUUCCGAAAUGUGUGCUAUGGUGAACGUUAUUCUUGAUGCAAAAAAUCAGUCAUUUAGUCUGUGUGCAGUUGAUGGUGUAGAUGUCCAUCAGUACCACACCAAAAUUGAUGACCUUAUUGAAAAAACAUCUGCUUCUAUGAAGCAGGGCAUGAUAAACAAGCUUCUCUCUGUUUUGGAAACAACACUGUCAAAACUUUCAAGAUAUGAUGAAGGAAGUUUGAUUGGAUCAGUGUUAAGCUUUGCAAAUGUGUCAGGUUCUGGAAAAGAUUUGGGUCAAGCAUAUGUUAACUUUACCCAUAACUGUAUGGACCAAAUAAGAAGCAAAGUUAGUGAUGAAUUGUGGAUCUUAAAUUUCUUCGAACAGUGGUACACAGCCCAGACACAGUUAUUGUGCAACUGGCUUUCUGAGAGGUUAGACCGAUCUUUGCAUUUUUAUCAGUGUACGUGUUUGGCUCACAUAGUUAAAAAACUGUACUCGGACUUUGAACUGCAAGGUGUUAUGGAAGAUAAAUUAAAUUCAAAAACUUAUCAAAGGAUUUCCCAAAGAAUGCAGACAGAGGAAGCCACAUGUGCUCUCACAAUGAGCAGUUGUCAGGAGGAAGAAUCUGCAAAAUAUGUUGAAACAGGCAGUGAUGACGGUGGUACAAAAACUAAAUCAAAGAUCACAGUUCGAGAAACAGUUGGUGAAGACGGAAAUUAUGUCUCAAAGAUAACUAAUGUAACAACAAAUGUUGUUGGUAGGGUCGGAAAUGUAUUUGGAAAGGGUAUUGGUGGACUCACCAAUAAACUUGGUAGUGGAAGUUGGUUUUAAUUCAUUGCAUUUACGAUUUGUUUUGUGAUCUAAGUGCAGACCUGUCUGUGUCAUUAAGACUUUUUUGUCUUUUUUAUAUUCUUAUAAUGACUGAUCUUUACCUGUGAUUUCAUACUCCAUUAAAAUUAUCAUCACUCAGAGGUCAUAUACAUUAAUUUAUUUAUAUGUGUGUACAAAUAAUUUUCUGUAAAUAACAUAAACAUUCUACCUGAAUUUUUAUAUAAGCAUAUACAUAUAAGAUAUAUUUGUACUUCUGUUCAGAUUUAAAUAAGAGCUGUUUGUGUGAUGUGUAUUACCUGAUGAACUUUGUAAUAGCUUUCGAUGUGUAAAAUGUGUGUACUGUGGGGCCAUGUAUUUAAAUAAACGUUGUGAAUAAG